ACAGUCUGGUGAGCCUGGUUACAUAGCCUGCUUGUCCAUCUCUGGUUGUUGCAUGAAACUGGGCUGGAAAACUUGUUCAAAAAAAGGGACACCAUUCACCUGAUUACAGGUCAGUGUGGCAUCAACAUGAUUUUAAAUCUUUUACUUAAAAGUUACACAGUGUGGCUUUAAACUGAUUUGAGUUGAGAGCUUUAGCUUUAGUCCUGUGCAAGUGGUGGUCACAUACACAUCUCUGACUCUGGUGCAUGCUCGGAUUAUUUCCAGCUACUUGCACACUGUGGAAAUCCUAAGCCACGCCCCUCUGCUUGACUUCCGUAUUGUAAUCUUACCUGAGCCUGAGGAGGUGAAGAGGACUGCAGCCCCACCAAUAAACUGGCGGUGUUUCAAGUAUCACCAUAAAACCAGUUAAAAAAAAUAAAAAAUCAUAACAGUGUCAGGACUUGUUGUAUUUCAGGUAGAGAUUAUUCCCGGCAUAAUGAAUGUACGGAGAGUGGAAAAGACAGUUUUGAGUGUGGAGCAGUCAGAGGGAAUCGGUGCUUAUGCUCGCAGGAGCAUCGGUAGAAAGGAACUGAGAAACCUGGAUCCUUUCCUGAUGUUGGACGAGUUCAGAAUGAGCAAACCAGCAGGUUUUCCAGACCAUCCUCACAGAGGCUUUGAGACGGUUACGUAUGUUUUAGAGGGGAUCACAGCGCAUGAGGACUUUUGUGGCCAUACAGGACGACUGAAACCAGGAGAUCUGCAAUGGAUGACUGCAGGAAAGGGGGUGGUCCAUGCUGAGAUGCCCGUGUCAGAGGAGCCGGUGGUGGGGUUACAGCUGUGGGUGAACCUGUCCAGACGAGACAAGAUGGUGGAACCAGCAUACCAGGAGCUUAAAGGCUCAGAUAUCCCCAAACCGAGCCAGGGAGGAGUGACAGUCGCUGUGAUAUCCGGAGAGGCUUUAGGAGCAAAGUCUAAGGUAUACACAAGGACGCCAACCUUGUACCUAGACUUCAGAGUGCAGGCAGGGGCCGUGCACAUACAGCCAGUUCCUUCAGGAUGGACUGCAUUCAUCUACACUCUAUCUGGGUCCAUUGAUGUUGGCCCAGAUGAGGAGCAGCAGAAGGUAGAGCCCCAUCACACUGUGGUGUUUGGAGAUGGAGACUGUGUCAAAUUUCAAAACAAGGGCUCUGAAGUUUCCCAUUUUGUGCUGAUUGCUGGAGAACCAAUCAAAGAACCCAUGGUACAACACGGUCCAUUUGUGAUGACCACAGAGGAAGAGAUCAGAGAGGCCAUCAGGGACUACCAGAAUGGCAAAAAUGGUUUUGAAAGGGCCGUAAACUGGAGGUCCAAGAUCAGAGAUUCUGUCUGAAGAUUAUAUAUUGCACUCUUGGUGAAAAUGUUCGCCUUACAUACCUUUUGCUAUGUUAAGAAUGUGGGAGUGGACAACAUGCUUGAUUGUUAACAGUCAGUAGUUUACCCUCUCCCUUGUAAAAUAUAGAUAUUCAUGGAAAAUGUGCGUCUCACUGCUCUCCACUCCCCUUGUUAAACUGAAGCCUUAUUACAUUUUCCUUCUGCUGUUUUGAAAUAACAAUGUAGCAGAGCUGUUAUGAAAUUCUGGAAGCAGGUUGCUUUUAUGCAUUGAUGUUGUUGUAAAGAUAAUUUAACAUAAUGUAUGAUGAUUUUACUUAUGUUUUGAUGUUUUACCACAGAAACAUGAACCCAAGUCAUCCAGCUACUAUAAAACAAAAGCAGUUUUUUUCCAGCUGCUUGAUAUCACAUGACCUCGAUUAACCAAAAGUCUUUACAGCCCACAAUAAAAUAUUAUAUUGU